GUCACAACUAAACAUGGCGUACAUCAAUGUCCGUGAUCGAACCGACUCAGAAAAAAAUGGUCGAUUUCGUCUUCAAAACGUGAAUAUUGAUGGACCAGUCACCAAUCUUUUACAAGAAAUAGCCAAGAAGAUCGAAGCUUCAAAAGAUGAUAUCGAAUUGAUCUACUCUGGUCAGCGACUUCUGGAAAGCAGACCACUCACUGCUUAUGGUUUGAGACCAGGCUCAACAGUCUAUGUGUUGCAGAAGAAGAUACGAGAUGAACCAUCAGCUGCAGCAAGCCAUACCCCAAGUAAAGCCGAGAUUAUUGCUGCCCUACAGAGUGACCUCCUCAACCCAGCUUACAAGAGCAUUGUGGAGAAGAUGCUGACAGAUCCAGACACCAUCGAGAACAUCAUCGCAGCAACACCUGGCCUGGACACCGACCCUGUAGCUAUAUCAAUGCUGCAAGAUCCAGAUCUCCUCACUAUCCUUGCUCAUCCACACAACAUUUCAAAGUUGCUGGAGAAACAUCCAUCGUUUGGCAAUGCCGCCAUUACAAUAGCAGCAGCUGUCAAUGAGGAGGGCUCUAAGGAUUCUGCCCGAGUCUCUACAGGGACAUACUCUCUGGACCAGAUGUCUGAUGAAGAGGAGGAUGCUGGCCCACCGUCUGGUACAGUGGGGGGAGGUCAGGGCAUCACAGCUUCACAGCUGGCAGCUGCACUUCAAGCUGCACAAGGUUCAAGUCCACGGUCUGGUGGGGCAUCUACAUCCAGUGCGAAUCCAAGUGGUGGACCUCCCAUCAUCUCCUCCGACUUCUUCCAGCAGGCCAUGCUGCAGGCUCAGAGUGCCGCCACAGAGGCCCAGAUGCAGCAGCUGCGAGAUAUGGGCAUCACCGAUGACAACCUGGCACGACGUGCACUGGAUGCAACAGGUGGAGACAUUCAGGCUGCCUUGGAACUCAUUUUUGCAGAUCAGAAUACAUGAUCUCAUCUGCCAACCAUGGAUAUUUUCGACUGUUGACAUAGCGAAAAUUUGUGAAUAUCUGGUCAGAACCUAUCAGUAUAUGACUUUAGGAAUUUUUCCAGAACUAACACAUUGUACAACCAUACAAAUUCCCCUUGGAUCAAGGUGUAAGCAAGACAGACCAGAGAAGAGUGGAAUAAUAUUUGUUUAUUUCAUGUACCUAGACACUGUGAUGGUAAUAAACAACCAGGUAUGUG